AUGGCAUCGUGGGCAGGUGCUGGGAUCGGCGCCAAGUCUGGCGUCACCAAGGCUCAGCUCGACGCCGUUCUCCGCGCAAUACGUCUUACACCCAUCAUCGACAAUCAUGCGCAUCCGCUGUUGAAGCCGGAGGCGCUGGGCCGCCACCCGCUUAUGUCCAUCAUCACCGAGGCUUCAGGCGAUGCCAUCCAUGCGGCGUCGACCAGUCUGGCUCAUCACCGGGCAGUUAAACAGCUCUCUCGUGUGCUAGGUUGCGGGGCCACGUGGGAAGAUGUAGUCAGCGCUAUUGAGGAAAAGAGAGUUGAUGAGGAUGACGCCUGGUACAACUGGGUGAGCGACUGCCUCGGCGGGAUCGAGACGAUUCUGAUCGAUGAUGGUCUGGAUAACGAGCAAGAUGUGCAUGACAUUGCUUGGCACGACCAAUACACACGCAACCAGUGUAAGCGCAUUGUGAGGAUCGAAGCUAUUGCCGCUGCUAUCAUCAACCGAUAUGGCAUGACCUACGAGAAGUCCAUGUCCGACGAGUCUCUAUUUGACAAGAUGCUCGAUGAAUUUGAUGCCGCUAUCAAGGAGGCAAUCGAGGACCCAGAAGUUGUGGGGUUCAAGUCCGUCAUCUGCUACCGGACUGGUCUCGAUAUUCCCAAGAUCGUUAAUAUUGCACUAGCCAAGGACUCAUUCACAGAUAUUGUUGUGAACUUCGGAAUAUUAGGCCAGUUUAAGAGAUUACAGCACGAUGGACUCAAUGACCUCUUCGUUCAUCGGGUUGCGGGGCUUAUCAGAGAAAGCCCAGCACGCCACAAGAAGCCUAUCCAAUUCCAUACAGGCCUGGGAGAUAACGAUAUCACACUCACAAAAUCAUCGCCUUCUCACCUGCAGGAGUUCAUCCGCGCAUAUCCUGAGGUCCCUAUUGUUAUCCUGCAUGCUAGUUAUCCAUUCACUCGUGAAGCAGGCUACUUGGCGUGCGUCUAUGCUAAUGUAUACGCGGACAUUGGCGAGGUCUUCCCUUUCGUCAGCGAGGAUGGCCAAGAGCAUAUCGUGAGGCAGAUUCUGGAGCUCUGUCCGUGGUCUAAAAUCUUGUGGAGUACGGAUGGACAUUGGUUCCCUGAAACAUAUCUGCUCGCAACUCUACAAGUCCUAACCGAUUAUGUGCGUAAAGGACAUAUUGGCUGGAAGGCAGCCAUUGAACUUACCAGGGACAUUCUCUUCAAGAACUCGAAUAAGCUGUACCAGCUUGAGCUGGAGUUCUCAGAAUGGAAUGAUGACCCGUCUCCAUCUCCGGAUACCCAGAAAGGACUUACCGAUGAGGAAAUAUUCGAGACAUUCCUACAAGGAAACAGCCCGCCAAAGUUCGUCCGCAUCAACUGGACUGACCUCACAGCUACCCCCCGGAUGCGCAUGGUUCCUUUCAGGAAAUUCAUAACAUCACUACAAGAAGGGAAUUCUUCAGACAUUGGCAUUACAACGGCUAGCUUGGGUCUGCUGCAAAAUGACUGGAUUGCUCCUGGCUUCACAGGAACCGGUGAGUAUAGGCUUCACCCGGACUUCUCUUCGCUGAAGUGGGGUCCUAUCAAGGGGCACGCAAGCAUGUACGGAGAGUUUCGAGAGAAGGACGGCUCGAGAGUGCGGAUCUGUCCUCGGACGCAACUACAUAGAGCCGUUGAUAUUGCUGCCGAACAGGGACUUGCCUUCCUUGUCGGCUUCGAGAUCGAAUUUCUCUUGGUAGAGCGGUCGACGUCUGGCGAUGGCAAGUUUGAAACCCUUACCAAUGAUGGCCAUGCCUGGUCGGUCUCUCAAUUCUUCGUCGACCCAAAGAUUCCCAAGCUUCUUGCCGAUAUCGUUGCCGAGCUGGAUUCGAUGGGCAUCUAUGUUGAACAACUUCAUCCGGAAAGUGCGCCGGGCCAAUUCGAACUCAUUCUCCCGCCUCUGCCUCCUGUCGAAGCAGUCGACACGCUCCUCCAUACACGGGAGGUCAUCUCUGGAAUGGCUGCUGCUGCUGGAUAUCGGUUCACUUUGCAUCCUAAACCAUUCCCUCACACAUGUGGCACGGCGUCCCAUGCACACAUGUCCAUCUCCUCGCCGGGCGGAUCGAAGCCCCAGGUGUAUGAGAAAUUCUACGCUGGUGUUCUGAAGCAUCUAUGUGCCAUUCUGGCUUUCACAUAUAGCAACCCUGUGUCCUACGAGAGACUAGGCGAUGGCGUCUGGGCGGGCGGCAGUUGGGUAUCAUGGGGCACCCAGAACAGGGAGACCGCUCUGAGGAAGAUUGAGGACAGCCACUGGGAGUUUAAGCUCCUGGACGGCGUGGCAAAUCCGUACCUUGCCAUGGCCGCUGUCUUCCUGGCCGGCACUCAUGGCGUGGUCACCAGGGAGGAGCUCGUAUGGAGAGAUUGCGAGAUUGAUCCCGCCCAGCUGACCGACAACGACAGGAAGGAGUUAAACGUGAUCAAGAAGCUGCCGACUAGCCUGGAGGCUGCCUUGAAAGCGCUAGAGGAAGAUGAGGAGAUGACAAAGCUGCUUGGAUCAGAGAUGGUGGAGAAGUACACUGCCGUCAAGCUGUUUGAGUUGAAGUUUUUGAGUGGCAUGAAUGAUGCAGAGAGACGACAGUGGAUUAUGGAGAGAUACUAG